UUUUCCUCUUAAAACAUUGCUAUCCCUCCUCUGCUCUCAGGCACUUUACCUUUGCAAACAGACCACAGCGCAAGGGAGUGAGGGGAGGAGCACCGGGGAGACUUUCUACUGUGAAACGGACUUGGAAAACAAAGUAGAGUUUUUAGUCAUUGGGGAAACUCGAACUAAACUGGAAUUUGACAACUUGGAUAUCGUCAUCAAGUGCUGUAAUAUCGAGCUUCAUUGCAAGGAUUACAGCGUUUGCCAUUGCCGGUGACUGGAGAUCUGUGAACACAUUACUCAUUAGCCAUGGACCCAAUAACAAAGUGGACUCCUAAACAUGUUGUGGACUGGAUGAAAGGUCUAGAUGACUCCCUUCAGCAAUACGUUUGUAGCUUUGAGCGAGAGAAGAUAAACGGCGACCAGCUGUUGAAGAUUUCUCACCAGGAUCUGGAGGAGCUGGGAGUUGCACGGAUUGGGCACCAGGAACUCGUACUAGAAUCGGUGGAUCUGCUUUGUGCUCUGAAUUAUGGCCUUGAAACUGACAACCUGAAGAGUUUAGUUAUGAAAAUGCGAGCCUCGAUGGGCAAACUUCAGAACUCGAUAGCCAGCAGGAGGAAAAAUCCCUCGUAUGAUGGAGGCACGUCUCGUCAGCCUACCAAUGAGUUCCUGACCUCUGUUGUUGAACUUAUAGGUGCAGCUAAGGCCUUGCUUGCGUGGCUGGACAGGACACCCUUGACUGGGAUCAGCGAUUUCUCAUCAACAAAGAACAAAAUCAUUCAGCUGUGCCUGGAUCUCACAACCACAGUUCAACAGGAUUGCACAGUGUUUGAAAUGGAGGACAAAAUCCUUGAAGUCUCCAAGAUUUUGAAUGGGAUUUGUGACCAGAUGAUGAGGACCACCUCGGACCCUUUAAUGAAUCUGUGCAUUUGUGUGGAGGAGGUGCAGCUGACACACAUCAGAGCUGGAGAAGGGCUGGGCAUGUAUAUCAAAUCAACCUAUGAUGGUCUGCAUGUCAUCACUGGAACCACAGAAAAUUCUCCUGCUGACAGAACACACAAGAUCCAUGCUGGGGAUGAGGUGAUACAAGUCAAUCACCAGACUGUGGUUGGCUGGCAGUUAAAGAACCUCGUUGGCAAGCUCCGUGAAGAUCCUUCUGGUGUUGUCCUUCUCCUAAAGAAAAGACCCACGGGCAGCCACAACUUCACCCCUGCGCCCCUGAAAAACAUGCGCUGGAAGCCUCCUGUCGCACAGACCAGUCCUUCUCAAAGCUCAGCUCAGUCCCCGAGCAGCACAAUGGACACCUCCAUGAAGAAAGAGAAGCCAGCUAUUCUGGAUCUCUACAUCCCUCCACCGCCUGCUGUUCCAUACACCCCACGAGAUGGGAAAGGUGGUCUUCACUUCUCUGGAGUGUAUAAGAGUCCUCUAAAGCCAAAAGGCUCAGAGUCGCCCAAUUCCUUUCUGGAUCAAGAAAGCAGACGCCGGUUCACCAUUGCUGAUUAUGAUCACCUGGGAAUCUCCCCUAUCAAAGCAAGUGUGCAGCCCACAAAGAUGAGGGGAAGAAGCCAGUGCCACGGAAAGCCUCGUCCUCUCUCAAUGCCUGCUGAUGGGAUCUGGUUGGGGGCGGUGGAUUCUUGUUCAAAGCCAUGGACACAAGGAAGAAAAGGAGAGGACGUCUUAUACAGAAACAUGAGCAGCGAGCGGAUCCCAACCAUCAUUGAAGAAAGCCCCUCCAUGCAGCCGCUCCACAGAUCUGUGACUGAAAGGAGUUUCAUGCGAGGCGUGGAUCACAUCAGAGGCAGCAGAUACUUUGUGAGUGCAGACCUGCACAGCAGCAGCGCCACCAUCCUCUACCAGGAAGAGGCAGCCAGAAAGACUCCCGCCGCCGCCGCCGCCGAGCCCUCGCUACUGGUGCUCAGAAGAAUCCCCAAUACCACGGUUACAAAUGGGUGCAGCUACCCAGUGAGACUCAGGCCCUCUUCUGCUUAUUUAGAGCAGUCUGCUUUUCCUGUCUCUCUGGUGUCUCCAAUGGCAGCUGAUUCCUACAACCCUGUCUCCUUGCGUAUCAAGUCAAAGAAGAGAAGUCGAGGGGAUGCUGUAACAAUGAGCAGGCGGAGGAUAUCGUGUAGAGAACUGGGACAAGUGGACUGCCAGGGGUGGCUCUAUAGGAAGAGAGACACCAAGGGCUUCAUAGGAAUCAAAUGGAAAAAGUACUGGUUUGUGCUAAAGAAAACUGCUCUGUACUGGUACAGCAGCCAGAUGGCAGACAAAGCAGAAGGGUUCAUAAACUUGGCUGAUUUUACAGUGGAUCGGGCAACAGAAUGCAAAAAAAAGCAUGCGAUAAAGGCCAGACACCCUCAGAUCAGGACAUUCUAUUUUGCAGCUGAAUCUCCUGAAGAAAUGAAUAAAUGGCUUAAUAAACUUGGACUGGCUUCAAUCGGGUGUGAGCAGCCAGCUGAAGUGAGUCAAGACUGUUGGAGUGAAAGUGAUCAUGAAGACUCGGACCUGACAGUCGACACACCACCCCCACCCUAUUCAGUGCACUCUGCAGUUAAGCCUGAGGAAACCCUCCCGCCUCCAUAUUCCUCAACUCCUCCAGGUGCAGGCCGCGACCCCUCCACCUCCCCCAGCAGCACCCUCACUUCUCAGGGCUCUGACGCUUCUGUCUCUAAAGCAGUCUAUGAGGAUCGCCAGUCAUGGCUCGACAUCAUUAACAGCUCACAAGCCUCCAAGGCCGGGCAGUCGCUCACUUGCUCUGUGCAGAUUCACUCCAAACACCCUCAGCCUGACAGCAGUGAUCCUGCGGGGGACUCUUCACUAAAUACAAUAAGCAGAUCUCAGGACUCUCCCCUUGAAGAGCUGCUCAACCCCACCAGCUGUGCAGACCCUGCGAAGGAAGUCUCUUUGCUUGGGUCUGUGGAAAGCGUUCCAGAACCAGCCUCUUCGGAUGAAAUGGAAAAACUGUACAAGUCCUUGGAACAAGCAAGCUUGUCUCCUAUUGGUGAGCGCAAGCCUUCAACCCGAAAGGAGUUUAGGAAGUCUUUCAUUAAGCGCUGCAAAAACCAAGCUGUCAACGAUAAGCUGCACCAGAUCAGAACCCUCAACAGUACUCUAAAGGCCAGAGAAGCUGAUUUAAUGACGAUUGCGCAGAUUUUGGAGAAGCCCAGGCUGACAGCACAGGAGUAUAGGGAAUGGAAGGAAGUCAAUCUACUGUUACUGCAGGAGAUCUGUCAGAACCACCAGCCUCACACUGAGGGAAAAGCCAAAGUUCCAGAGACACAGCCUCCACACCAGCCUCAGACUCGUCCUGAGGGAGAACUCAAAGCUCCAGAGUCACAGCCUCCACACCAGCCUCAGACUCGUCCUGAGGAAGAACUCAAAGCUCCAGAGACACAGCCUCCACACCAGCCUCAGACUCGUCCUGAGGGAGAACUCAAAGCUCCAGAGACACAGCCUCCACACCAGCCUCAGACCCGUCCUGAGGGAGAACUCAAAGCUCCAGAGACACAGCCUCCACACCAGCCUCAGACUCGUCCUGAGGAAGAACUCAAAGCUCCAGAGACACAGCCUCCACACCAGCCUCAGACCCGUCCUGAGGGAGAACUCAAAGCUCCAGAGACACAGCCUCCACACCAGUCUCAAACCCGUCCUGAGGGAGAACCCAAAGUCACAGACACUUCAUACUACAUAGAAACCAAUGUUUAAAAGCCCCAGACCCUCCACAGUACAUUCUGGGCCCUUGUUGUUGUUUCACUUUGUUGAAAAACAAAGCAGGUGCUGUUUUUGAGAACUUUGUGACAAAAGAAAUUUGAGCGCUGGUCUGGAUAUUCUUAAAAUAACUGGUUUAGCCAAAUGGUUUUUUUUUUAAAGUUAUGUCUGGGCUUUUUUAUUUGUUCAUCUUAUUUUUAUACAUGUGUUUUUUCUUAAGUUCUCAUACAGCUUUAUUGGAUCAUUGUGGACUAUUUCAUGAAAAUCCCAUGCGUUCAUGAGAGAAUAUUCAAAUAGCACAUUUGUCUUGGUGACUAGGGUGUGUGGUAUCGCACAGACAGCAAGCAUGCAUGCAACCAGGGGUUGUUUGAGCAGCAGACGUUUUCAUAUUUCAAACUGUUGUCAUUAUAAUCUUUGUUGACAUAGCAACUUAUUGUUUCUUUGUAUGUUUUCAUUAAGGAAAAAAAGAAUAAUGCAUUUGGUGACUUGGGCUAAGUCCUGUUAAUUUAGUGCUGCAGAGGUUAGGGGAAGUAGGGUUACCAGACAUCCCGGGAAAUUUGGGAUUGUUGCAGUCAGAAACAGUAAAAUUGUUAAAUCGUCCUGGUUUUGCCAUUAUAUUUACAUUAUUUAGAAAUACAAAACUGGAGCAAUAUGCUCAGCAAGCUGACAGCAAGGUAAUUUUUUAUACAAAAACAAAAUAAAGAACCUUAUAGAUUA